GAUCAUCUGUUAAUUGAGACAGGUUGGCAGCACUUCGACCGCAACGUGUGUUCAUUUCGUAUAUGCGUGAAUAAUCCAAAUAUUGUAGAUCUAGAGCGAUCAAAAAGAUAAUGAGUAUUUACCACGACGAGGUUGAGAUUGAGGAUUUUGAAUACGACGAGGAGGAGGAAAUGUAUUACUACCCGUGUCCCUGCGGUGAUAGAUUUCAAAUUUCCAAAGAGGAACUUAUUGAAGGGGAGGAAGUAGCUACUUGUCCAAGUUGUUCAUUGAUCAUUAAAGUCAUAUACGACGCGGAUAUGUUUAAAGCGGAGGAGGACGAAACGGCGACGCUAAACGAGAAGUUAGGCGACUUAAAGCUUGAGACGAACUAGAUCCUAUUUAAGAGUCUCACCAAGUGGGUAAUGAUCAUUUUUUUAUUUGUAUAAUUUCGUUUAUUGUAAAUGUGUUGACUAGUAAACAAUUAGUUUAAAUAAUACUUUACCGCAAAUAUUUGAUUACAGUUUUUGUUACAUAGCUCUAAAAAAAUAUACCUAUAAAUAAAUAAUGAACCAAAAAUAGGACCCGCACAGAUGGUUUGAUAAAAUGCAAAGAA